GGAAGUUAGUUCUUUCUAUGUAACAUUUCAGCACCUCUGAAAAAGAACGUGGUUUCCUUAGAUUGGUCUUACAGACAUCCUGCAAUUUGCUCCCUAUAUUUUUUUUCAUUUUUUAAAAAAUAUAACAUAAGUGCUUGACCUGCAAACUGCAAAGAUGUCCAAGGUAGCAAAAUACAGAAGGCAAGUCAGUGAGGAUCCAGAUAUUGACAGUUUAUUAUCCACUUUGUCUGCAGAGGAGAUGGAAGAGCUGGAAAAAGAACUGGAUGCAUCUGAUUCAGACGGAAGCAUUCCUGUGGGGCUCCGGCAAAAAGACCUAACUGAAAAGCAUCCAAGUGGCAAGUACAACCGAGAGGCAAUGCUGGACUAUUGUGAGAAAGAGACCAGGAAACUUAUUCAGAGGGAGCAGUCACUGGAUGAAGAGAAGGCAAUAGAGAAGAAAAAAGAGAAAAAGUUUCUUGAAGAAAAACAGAAGGAAACUCAUAGUAGAGAUCUGAAAAAACCCAGAGCUUCUGAUUUAGGAAAGGAAGAUAAAAAGGAAGAAAGUGGCGGGAAAGCAAAUCAGAAAGGGAAAGAUGAGCCAGAUAGCAUUAAGAAAACUGGGCAAAUCAAAGAGGACAAGACUUCCAAGAAUGAAAGGAUGGUCUCAAGGGAGAAAGACAAAGCUUCAACAGUCGAUAAAAAAACAACAGCUAAAGUGAGAGAGGAAGAAAAGAAUAAACCAAAGGACAAGGGAAAAGAAGAGAAGGAAGCUGAAUUGAAAGGCAGGUUUGAGAAGGAUAGAAAGAGUGGAGACAAAAAAGACUCUGAAAAAACAGAGGAGAAAAGUCCUGCAUUAAAGCAAGGUUUGGACAGAAAGAGAGAAGAUAAAAAAGAACUAGGAAAAAAAGAAGAAAAAGGUUCAGCUCUAAAGCAAGGUUCUAAAGAUGGCAGUGGGGAGAAAUCAUCAAGAGACAGCAGGGAGGCUUCAGAGGGGAAAGCCUCAGUGUCAGAGGAAGAGAAGACAAUAAAGGAGACUGCAGACAGCAGCCCUUCAAAAGCUGUAAACAAUUCUUCUAACCAGAACAAGGAAGAUGAGGCCACCAGCAUCUUUGAUGAACCAUUAGAAAAAGUGAAGAACAAUGACCCAGAGAUGGUAGAAGUUAAUGUCAAUAACUCUGACUGCAUCACCAAUGAGAUCCUGGUGCGCUUUGCUGAAGCCUUGGAGUUCAAUACUGUGGUCAAGGUCUUUGCGCUGGCCAAUACACGUGCUGAUGAUCAUGUUGCUUUUGCCAUUGCCAUCAUGCUGAAGGCAAACAAGACACUGACCAGCAUAAAUCUAGAUUCUAAUCACAUCACAGGCAAAGGAAUCCUGGCCAUCUUCCGUGCACUCUUGCAGAACAACACCUUGACAGAGCUGCGCUUUCACAACCAGCGACAUAUCUGUGGAGGGAAGACUGAGAUGGAGAUAGCCAAGUUGCUGAAGGAGAACACCACCCUGCUGAAACUGGGUUACCACUUUGAGUUAGCUGGGCCCCGCAUGACUGUCACUAACCUACUGAGCAGGAACAUGGACAAACAGAGACAGAAACGCCUGCAGGAGCAGAAACAGGCUCAAGGAAAGGGAGAGAAGAAAGACUUGCUUGAGGUGCCCAAGCCAGGAGGCCUACCAGCUGGCUCACCUAAGGUUUCUCCAAAACCUUCCCCAAAAACCUCCCCUUGGUCUUCCCCUAAAGCUUCCCCUAAAGCUCCUCCUAAGAAAGAUGGCACCUCAAAUGUGCCUCCUCCACCCCCGCCUCCUUUGGCCCCUCCUUUGGCCCCUCCUCUGAUCAAUGAAAACCUACGGUUGUCCCUCUCCCCAGCCACUCAGAGGAAGAUGGUGGAGAAGGCUCUUCCUCCCCAAGAAAAGAACUCCAGAGAUCAGCUUCUGGCUGCUAUUCGCUCCAGUAACCUCAAACAGCUGAAGAAGGUGGAAGUUCCCAAGUUACUGCAAUAGGAAAAGGAAUUUAGAUUCUUGGAAGGAUGAAACUACCAAAGCUGAAUCACUGUGUUUGUCUCUUGGGUGACUGUUUACAUGAGAAGGACUUGGUGGAAGCAGCAGCCUACCCUGCACUAGUCCCAGAUGAGCUAUUGGGACUGAAAUGGAUGGAUGGAUUUGAUGAGCUGUCGAGGAGGUGGUGGGUCAGGAAGAAGUAAUAUUUAUUUUAAAUGAAACUUUUGGUUCAUGGAGAGAGCUCUAAAUGUUGUGUACCCGGACUCUUUGUCCUAUUUUCCUUGCAGGAGUUUAGAAAGCAAAAUGACAGAUAAUGAUUUAGUCUUGAAGAAGUCUGUAUUAGGGGCAUCCCUGCUUAUCUUACCAGGCACCAGGUAGCACCAUUGCAGUUACUUGUCGCUAGAAAUAUUCGCAACAACAAAUGCUCACCAGAACAGCAGCACGACUGAAAACUGAUGAAGCCCUUCUUCAGCACAAGAUGACCUCAACAGAAGCACCACUUCAUUCUUGCCAUUUGCUACUAGAUCUGACUGACAGCACCACCAUCAUUCACUGUGCCUGGGAUAGAAUAAAUUUGGAGGAUGGGGGAGAAGUCACUGGGCCAAUGCCAAUUUUCCAAUGUGUCUGUGAUCUCAAGGAUCCCAUUCCUCUGAUAGUGCAAACACACAUACCUCAUACAGGCUUGAGUUUCUCAGAAGAAAUGGAGACAGCAUUGUGUGUAUCUGUGGUGGGUGGGUGGAGGGCUCCUUGUGGUCCCAUGAACCUGUUAGUAAGUCUGUGGGUGGGUAAUGGAACUGAAUGGAACACAGAUUAUAUUGUUGAUGGUAGGAGCUCCAUAGAGCUUGUGCCUCUGAUCAAAUGAGCAGCACCUUUAAGACUAGUUUUGGAGCCCCUAAUGUCAGAAGCCUGAUGAGAGGGAAGUGAGUGAGACGUGGAUAGGGAAAGGAAAAUGGCAAGCAGCAACAAUUCAGCCUCAAUUCUUCCUCAUGCCUCAGAUUGCUACUUUCCAAGCAACAGAAGAAUGGAACCCAUUGAUCACAGUGGCUGCUGACUGCGGGACUUUUCACAGUCCCUACAUAGCUGCCUGUUACAUGAAUAUGUAACAGUCACAAGUGCAUAACUCCAAGUUACGCAUUCCUAAUCAUGAUACAGGAUUCUGGCCUCAGUUCUGACAUUUGGGCUCCUAUAGCUAAGGCAACAAUAUCCUAAUAGUCAAGAUAAAAUUGACAAGGCAGUCAUUUGCUUAUAGACACAACAUAAGGCUUGUUUUGGGACCAGAAAGUUUCUGUUUCAGUCUCAAAAAAGUAAGUUGAUUUAAAGGCCCAAGACAUUUGAGACCAAUAGGUGAGUGUCUUCUAAACCAUGGUUGAAUUUUUGAAUACUUACCUUUUAGGACUGGAACUUCCGGAAUUGAAUUCUGAUAGCAGUAGUCCAAAAUAAUAAUUUGUACAAGCUCGGGUUGUUACAGCCCAUGGCAUGUGGGCAAUGAACAUGAUAUAUCUGUCUACCAACCUGUGUGCCAGCUUCACCUCUUUAUCAUUCCUCUUUCCAAAUAAGUGAAGAGCAAUUCAUACAUUACCUUUGUAGCAUUGUGGCUCCUCUCUGUCCGGCUCCCAUGCUGUAUUUGGCAAUGCAUGAAUACGCUGUAUCACAUGGAUAAGCUGGAUCACAAGAGUAUUUCUUACACUGGAAAAUCUGGUGAUGGAACACUACUAUUGGAAGUGCCCACAUAAUUCAAAGUGUCCAUGUGUUACAGGAGAAUAUCAACAUCUUGUUGACUGAGCUUUUUGAGUCAACUAUAGAGGAGCAGUUUUGAAAUCACAAAUAGGCCUCAAGGGGAAUGCAUGAAGUUGGGCUGAAAGUAGAAGAGUGACUAUUUUCAGUCUCAAUGCAAGGGAAAAGAGGCUGUUUUCUUUCAAGUUCAGUUCCAUCUGCAAAUCAGUGCAUCUACCCAGGUAUGGCCUCUUCAUGUAGUGCCCUGCAUGAAAAUCAAAAUGUCGUGCUUAAGUUGGUGGCUUGGGCUAUAAAAAGUAUAUAUACAUAUCUACGUAUUCCUGUGCCUAUAAGAGUUUAAUAUAUAGAUGGAUAGAAAUAUCUAAUAUAACUCUCAAUGGAGGAAGGUUUAUUUUUUUAUGAAAGCUGCCCAAGCAUGCCUGCACUGAAAUAAUGCCAAGUGGUGCAGCUGCGAGAGGCUGAAAAGAUUCACUUUCUAGUCCGUUUAUCUCAGCUAUCAAACCAGGAGAUGGACUCCAGAGAUCCUCUGCAACAUGAUAGAAAAUAGCAAGAAUCCAUGCCUUAGGAACUGAUAGGUACCAUCUUCUCCCAGGUCACCCACAUCAACGUCCAUCCUUCCAUAAAAAACAAACAGGACAGCAGAGCAUUGUGGAGAUCCUUGUCAUGCUCAAUCCUUCGUAUUUUCUCCACCCAUCAAGCAGGCAAAUUGCAGGUGAAUGGGUUGUCAUUAGUGUCCAUAAAAUGCUAAAAGGGGAUGGGGUUUAAUCUCUUACCUGAGAAUUCACUUAAGAAAAUAGCAGGGAUGUAGGGUGGGGAGGAACCAUGCAGGAGACAGAUCACUUGAGCAAGAGACCUCAGAUGCAAAAGCUGCUGCAGUUUUCUGCUCUGUAACUCAUGAAUGUAAAUCCUCUUUGCAUAAUGUACAAAAUCACCCACACUUUUAUUAAUAAAGCUCACAAAAGACUGUU